AAAGAAAAAUUAAGACAAAAGAAAAAGCUUAGAUAGAGAGAAAAAGAAAGUGUGUAAGAAAGGAACAGAAAAAGAGGCAGAAUUGGUCGUGUCGGCUUCGACCAAACAUUGACGAGAUACGCAAUCAGGAUUAUAAAGAAAUUUAUAUUUUUGCAUAAUAGUUAUCGAUCCAUUUGAUUCAGAGCCCUAAUUUUGGUUCAAGGUUCAUCUCAGUGAUACCUUGUGGUGUUUGGUGCUUCUGUUAUGGCAUUCGCAACAGCAGCGCCUUUGAAUCCCUCCUCGGGAGCACCUUGUUUAGGGUCCUCCAAUGAUGCUUUGUACAAGGAACUAUGGCAUGCCUGUGCUGGUCCUCUUGUUACCCUUCCUCGUGAAGGGGAGCGAGUUUACUAUUUUCCACAAGGUCACAUGGAGCAGCUAGAAGCAUCAAUGCAUCCGGGGCUGGAGCAGCACAUGCCUUCAUUUAAUUUGCCAUCUAAAAUUCUUUGUAAGGUGGUCAAUGUUCAGCGUCGGGCUGAACCUGAAACAGAUGAAGUUUAUGCUCAAAUAACUUUGUUGCCAGAACCUGAUCAAACUGAGGUUACAAGUCCAGAUCCCCCUCUUCCGGAACCUGAAAAGUGCAAUGUCCAUUCGUUUUGCAAGACACUUACUGCAUCUGAUACAAGCACCCAUGGUGGAUUCUCUGUUCUUAGGAGGCAUGCGGAUGAUUGCCUGCCCCCUCUGGAUAUGUCCCAGCAGCCACCGUGGCAGCAAUUGGUUGCAACUGAUCUGCAUGGAAAUGAAUGGCAUUUUCGGCACAUUUUCAGAGGUCAACCUAGGCGUCACUUACUCACUACUGGGUGGAGUGUGUUUGUGAGUUCCAAAAAGUUGGUUGCAGGUGAUGCAUUCAUUUUUCUGAGGCGGGAAAAAGAUCAGGGGGAAAAAGAUGAGCUGCGUGUUGGAGUUAGGAGGCACAUGAGACAGCAAACAAACAUGCCAUCUUCAGUUAUAUCUAGUCACAGUAUGCAUCUAGGUGUACUUGCAACUGCUUCUCAUGCCCUUGCAACUGGAACACUCUUUUCUAUCUUCUACAAGCCUAGAACUAGCCGGUCUGAGUUCAUUGUUAGUGUUAACAAGUACCUUGAAGCACGAAAACACAAGCUCUCUGUAGGGAUGAGGUUCAAGAUGACAUUUGAGGGGGAGGAAGUUCCUGAAAGAAGGUUCAGUGGUACAAUUGUUGGUAUGGCGGAUAACAAAAGUCCGGCAUGGCCAGACUCAGAGUGGAGAUCCUUGAAGGUUCAAUGGGAUGAACCUUCAGCAAUCAUGCGUCCUGAAAGGGUAUCGCCAUGGGAGCUGGAGCCUCUUGUUGCCUCUUCUACUAUUUCAAACUCCCAGCCACCACAGAGGAACAAGCGGGCACGGCCACCUGUGUUACCAUCCUCCAGCCCAGAUCUUUCAGUCCUUGGCAUGUGGAAAUCCUCUGUUGAAUCCUCAGCUUUCACAUUUGUUGACUCAAAGCAUGGACGGGACCUUUAUCCAUCACCAAAAUUUUCUUCAGCAUCAAAGGGCAGCACUCUUGGUUUUGGUGUGACAAGUCCUCUGGCUGCUGUUUCCAGCAACUCAAUGUACUGGCCUAACCGAGGGGAAAAUACAACUGAAUCAUUUACACCAAUUGUAAGCAAGGAAUCCAAUGAUAGAAGACAAGGUAGUGGGAAUACCUACAAGCUUUUUGGUAUUCAGCUAUUCAACAACUCCAAUAUUGAAGAGGCUACACCUGCUUUAACAAUGUCUGGAGGAGCAGUGGAUGAUCAACCACUUCCAUCUUUAGAUGCAGACUUAGACCAGCAUUCUGAACCAUCAAAUAUUAAUCGGUCUGAUGUUCCUUGUGUAAGUUGUGAUGCUGAGAAGUCAUGCCUCAGAUCUCCUCAGGAGUCGCAGAGCAGGCAGAUUCGUAGUUGCACAAAGGUUCAUAUGCAAGGGAUUGCUGUUGGGAGAGCUGUUGAUUUGACACGCUUUGACAAUUAUGAUGACCUUCUCAAGAAAUUGGAGGAGAUGUUUGACAUCGAGGGAGAGCUGUGUGGAUCCUCCAAGAAAUGGCAGGUGGUCUACACUGACGAUGAAGAUGACAGGAUGAUGGUCGGAGAUGAUCCGUGGCAUGAGUUCUGUAGCAUGGUGAGGAAAAUUUUCAUCUACACAGUGGAAGAAGCGAAAAAUCUAUCACCCAAGAUUAGAUUUUCGGCCAAUGAAGAGGUCAAACCAGCCAAACCUGAUAUUGACACAGUUAUGAACACUGAGGAUCAAUCAUCUAUUAUCGGACCUGGGUGCUGAUAUGCUCGUCUAGAAAGAAAUUAAUUGAAAAGAAUGGAUUAUAGUAAGCUGACUCUUAAGAAAACCUUCUCUAUAGCUUUUUUGGGUAUUGACUACACUAUAGUCAUAUCAUCUGAAGAGAGAGGUUUGCCCUGGGUGUUAAAAAUGUUUAUUGUUCUGUUUUUGCCGAGGAAAAGACGUAGUGCAGUAAGCACAUUCAAAGUCUGAGUGAGCCUCAGGUUUGUCGUGUCAAUCAGGUGCUCAGUGAAGGAGAUGGAGAUCGAAUGCACUUCCACUUUGUCGGUUAAAAAUCCUUUUUAUACUCGAUGUGCUACAUUUUACCUGAUGUAUAUAAAAUAUAUAGUCUGCUGUCUCUUGCUUUCAAAUGGAUGCAUAUCAUAAGUUUUAUCUUGAUUUUGAUUGCCAGACGAAUGUAAUGCUGUUAUCACAUGCAUAGUUUAUUGCUGGUGCUUAUUAAAAAAGUUUCAUGUUUUGUAUUAAUAUUGAUAUAAUUAAUGAUGGUUAAGAGACUUGAUUGAUUUGAA